GGAUGAGUUUGUAGUUGAGCCGGAGGAUUUAUUGAGUACGAGGUAUGAUAUGGAAGGGCAUUUGGAGGUAUUGGUUUCAUGGAAGAAUAUGCCGUCUCAUGAGAAUACUUGGAUGCGACUGUCUGAGUUCAAGUCUCAGUUUCCAAGAUUUUCGCUUGAGGACAAGCUGGUUCUUCAUCCGGGGGUAUUGAUAUGCCUCUAAGAGUGUAUGUGUCGAAGAAAAAGCAACAGAAAGGGAAGGAGACAGUUAAAUGAAAAGCUGAGCUGGCAUUAGUUGCUAGAGUUUUCAUUUAAGUAAUCAAUAAUAUUGUUCACGAGUCUUGCAUUAGAAAAGGCUCGUUAGCCAGUUACGGAGGGGGCGUUCUGUUGAGAAUCAUUUGUGGCUUGAUCUCGAGCUGUGAGAUUCAAGAGUUGGCUUAGUACUCUGUGUGUAGAGACUAGGAGGGGCGGUUGGGUGGUUCGUAAUAAGAAUACUCUUUAGUUCUUAACAAAGACACAGUCGUCGAGCUAGAGUAAACUCUUACAUUUUUCUACUAAUUUAAAAAAAAUCUUGGGUCGGAGCCUUACUUGAAAAAAACUGAACUGUGUCGUCAUAUCCGAUAUCUUUUAGGUAUCUUGAAUGUACAGGGUCUGCAAUAGUAGCGCUGGUUCGGUUCUUGGAAAUGUUUCCAGGCCACAGAAAAGAAGAAGUCGAGAGUUUUAUAAGAAAGGGAAUCAAAUACAUUGAGAGUUUCCAAAUGCCAGACGGUUCAUGGUAUGGAAAUUGGGGCGUGUGCUUCAUCUUUGGAACCUUUAAUGCGGUCCGAGGUCUCGUUGCCGCAGGCAAGACUUACAGUAACUGUGAUGCUAUCCGUAGAGCAGUUCGGUUCCUACUAGAUACACAAAAUGCAGAAGGUGGAUGGGGUGAGAGUUAUCUCUCUUGCCCGAUUAAGAAAUAUACUCCUUUGGAAGGAAACAAGACGAAUGUUGUGAAUACAGCACAAGCAAUGAUGGGUCUAAUUAUGGGUGGUCAGAUGGAGAGGAACCCAAGCCCGGUUCAUCGCGCUGCUAAGGUGUUGAUUAAUUCACAGCUGGAGAACGGUGAUUUCCCACAACAGGAAAUAAUGGGAGUGUUCAAGAUGAAUUUGUUGCUACAUUAUCCAACCUAUAGGAACAUUUUCACUCUCUGGGCACUCACCUAUUAUACCAAGGCCCUUCCAUCACAAGAAACAAGUUGAAAGAUCCACAUAGAUUCCUCAUCUCAUUCUCGUUUGUCAUCAUCAUCCGCUCCUUCCAUACCUCAAGGCCAUAACUUUCGGUUAUCAUGGUUCUGGUUACGCCGACCACCAAACUGGUUUUCGUUUAACCCGUAAUACUGCAUUUGGUUCUAUUUCAACUAAAUAUGUGAAUAAAUAAAUUGCAUUUCGGUUUGUAAUAUUCAGGUUUCUAAAACUGGGUCUACUAAAGGCUCUUGUAAACUUUAUUUUUACACCUCUAAAUUUGAAAAUCA